ACGUUAGAUGAAGGUUGGAAGAGCUGGAAGUCAUUCCAUAAAAAGCAAUACGAAGAGAAUGAUGAAAAUUACAGAAGAUUGGUUUGGGAGGAAAAUAUGAACUUCAUUGCGAAGCACAACCUUGAGCAUUCCAUGGGAAAGCACACAUUUACUGUAGGAAUGAAUCAGUUUGGAGACCUGACCAUGAAGGAGUUUUCACAACUUCUGAAUAAGUUCAACAAAAAUGAAGUUGGGAACAUGACUUACAAGUUGUUUACAGCUCAGAGGAAUGCUGACCUGCCAUCAUUUGUUGACUGGCGUCCUAAAGGCUAUGUUACUCCAGUAAAGGACCAGGGACAAUGUGGCUCUUGCUGGGCCUUCAGUACAACUGGAGUACUCGAGGGCCAGGUAUUUAAGAAAACGGGAAAACUCUUUUCUCUCAGUGAGCAGUAUCUGAUGGACUGUAGCAGAGACGUAGGAAACCACGGCUGUAAUGGUGGAUAUAAAGUGCGAUCGCUUCUAUUUAUCAAAGAAAAAGGCAUCAGUUCAGAACAAUCCUACCCCUACACUGCAAAGGAUGGGGAAUGCAAGUAUAACAGGAAUGAUAUUGUUGCCACUUGCAAAGGUGUCAGGAAGAUUCCGACAGACUCUGAAGCAGAUUUGGCUGAGGCAGUGGCCACUGUUGGACCGAUCUCGGUUUCCAUCGAUGCGGAGCACAGAUCCUUCAUGUUGUACAAAUCAGGUGUAUUUUAUGAGCCUCGCUGCAGCCCUGCCAGACUGGAUCAUGAAGUGCUGGCUGUCGGGUAUGGGACUGAAGAUCAGAAGCCGUACUGGAUCGUUAAAAACAGUUGGGGAACGAGUUGGGGCAUGGAUGGUUAUGUCCACAUGUCCAGGAAUAUGGAUAACAACUGUGGAAUUGCAACGGACGCUGUUUAUCCUGAGGUGUGA